AAUGGUAAUUGGAUUGAGUCGAACAAUAGAUUUUCAGAUUAUUCCUAAGUCACUUAUAUUGGGGAAUAUCAAUGGUAAGAAAGUUGGUAGAUGGGAUAUUUUAUAGUUUUUUAGUGAUGGUGGUUUGUAUAAUGACUAAGGUCAAACAAAUGGUGAAUGGAGAUAGCUGAAUGAUGAGUUGUAAAAUUAUUUAUAAGUGCUAUAAAAUGGUGAAUAUCAAAAUGGUAAAAAAAUCGAGAGUGGAAUAUUUUAUUUAAAGGGGAAGAAAGUGAAAGCUAUACAUUGAUGUAAAAAAAAUAAAAUGUUUCAGUGGUGGUGGUUUGUAUGAUGAGGUAGAUGGAGGCUCAAUUAAAUCUGGGUCAUGGAUAGAGUUGGAUGAUGAGUUUGAGUUCAAUUAAUAAUUCACUGUAAUAGGUGAAUAUAAAAAAGGAAAUAAAAUUGGUAGAUGGGAGAAAAUUGAUACUGCAA